AUGUCACUUAACACUCAUGACGUCCAGGUGGUUGCGAUGUUUGUCACCUUCGGGUUUGCAAUAGCCGGGACAAUCAUAGGGUUUAAAUUCCAACGAUUUACUCAAUACGAGAAAUUCUACUGGAUCGACUCCGCUGCAUGCGGAGCAGGCAUGAUCGGAGACACGCUUAUGACCACUGUUCUCGUCGUGACUCUGAAGCGUAACCGCAGUGGCAUCAAGCAGACCAACAAUAUCCUAAACAAGCUCAUACUGUAUACCAUGACCACCGGUUUGCUCACAACGAUCUUCAACCUGUUUGCACUGAUCAUGGCAUUAGCGGUUCCCGACACAUUCAUAUGGAUCGGUGUAGAGAUUGUCACGAUUCGGCUUUACACGAACUCAGUGCUUGCAGUUCUCAACACACGGCAGUCUCUCACCAAUGCAGGAAAGUUAUCUGGUCCUGUCCAGAUCAUGUCCACUCGCAUCGGGACCUCAACUCAACUCACGCACAACCUUCCUGCGAUCGAGAUGGGACAGAUGAAACCCUUCGAUUACUCCCGUGGGUCUGGGGCGGGCAUUCAGUUCGCAGGAUCUGAGUCACAGAUGACCUACUAA